AUGAGUGCGAUGGAGCUGUUGAACGAGGUGCCGGGCUUUUCGUUGCACACGGCCGAGGUGGACUACGACGACGAUGCGGAUGAGGGGCAAGGCAAGAAGAGCAAGAAAAAGUCCGGCGGAUUCCAGGCGAUGGGCCUUAGUGCUCCGAUGCUGAAGAGCAUCCUCAAGCUGGGCUACAAAGUGCCGACACCGAUCCAGCGCAAGACGAUUCCGCUCAUCAUGGACGGCCGCGAUGUGGUUGCCAUGGCGAAGACGGGUUCCGGAAAAACGGGAUGCUUUCUGAUACCCCUGUUCGAGAAGCUACGCCACCGGGUAGCAAAAGCAGGCGGCGGUGCCAGGGCACUGAUCCUUUCGCCCACCCGCGAGCUGGCCAUCCAGACGUUUAAAUUCAUCAAACAGCUGGGACGGUUUAUGGAUCUGAAAACGAUCCUCGUUCUCGGCGGUGACUCGAUGGACGCACAGUUUGCGGCGGUUCACACCCUGCCGGACAUCAUUGUGGCCACACCGGGACGCUUUCUGCAUCUGUGCGUCGAGAUGGACCUGAAGCUACACUCGGUGGAGUACUGUGUGCUGGACGAAGCGGAUCGCCUGUUCGAAAUGGGCUUCGGCGAGCAGCUCACCGAAACCCUGCAACGGUUGCCGGAGUCGCGCCAAAUGGUCCUGUUUAGUGCGACGCUCCCGAAGCUGAUGGUCGAUUUUGCUACGGCCGGCCUGCUGCAGCCGGUGCUGGUGCGUUUGGACGUCGAAUCGAAGAUCCCGGAAACUCUUGACCUCAAGUACGUGUACUGUCGACCGGCCGAGCGUUACGCGGCGCUGUUGGUGCUGCUCCGAGAGACGAUUCCAGCCACGGCCCAAACGGUCAUAUUCGCCGGUACCCAGCACCACGUGGAGCUGAUUUCGAUGAUGCUUACGAAGGCCGGUAUCGCCAACAGUCACGUUUACUCCAGCUUGGACGCGUCGGCACGGAAGAUCAAUACGGCCAAAUUUACGAUGCACAAAGUGAACGUGCUCGUCGUGACGGACAUUGCUGCCCGCGGUCUCGACAUUCCGACGCUCGACUACGUGGUCAAUGUACACUUUCCCGGCAAACCGAAGCUAUUUAUUCAUCGCGUGGGUCGGUGUGCUCGUGCCGGCCGCAGUGGAACCGCCUAUUCGAUCUUCUCCAACGAUGACAUCGCGCACAUGAUCGAUCUGCACAUGUUUCUCAAUCGGCCACUGGACGUUACGAAUCGAUCGACGAUCGGCAUUCCACCACCCGAGAUACUCGAGACCGAGCACCAACUGGUGCAGGAGUACGUGCGGCACAUCGACGUCGCGACCGCGUACCGGGUGAGCAACAACGCGUACAAACAGUACAUUGCCACCCGACCGGCAGCAUCGGCCAGCUCGAACAAGCGGGCCAAAGAGUUCAAACUCGACCAACUGGCGGUGCUGGAUGACUUCGAACGCGAUCUCCCCACGGUGGAGGGCAAGGGAAAAAAGGGAAAGAAAGUAAAGAAGGCUGCCAAGGAGCAGCCCGCUACAGUACCGCGGCCUAAUCCGGCUACCUCCACCGAAGCGGACGCAUUUCGUAACGAUUUCUUGUCGCGCAUGAAAAACUAUCGACCCAGUACGACGAUCUUCGAGCUUAAUCCGCGAUCGAAUGCCCGGGAACUGGUCGCGAUGACGGAGAAGCGCCAGAAAGAUGGGCAGAAGAUCGAGAAGCACAAACGAAGGCUGACGGAACAGGAGCUGACCGAAAACGAACCGGGGACGAGUGGUGGAGGAAGUGCAAAGCGAAGCCGGAUGAAGGCGACCGCGGCCACGGCCACGGCGGUAGGUUCGCGGCGUGAUGAGGAACACUUUAUCGCCUACCAGCCGAAGGAUGCGAUCGAGGAGGACGGGUACGCGAUCGACAACUUUUCCCGGCAAGCCAACUCGGCCGAACUGAGCGUGGUCGGUGAUACGGCCGAAGGGCAGCGAAUGCACCGGCAGCUGCAGAAGUGGGACCGCAAGAAGAAGAAGAUGGUCAACGUGAAGAACCCGAAGGCGGGCAAGAUACGAACCGAGCACGGUGUGUGGAUUGCGGCAUCAUACAAAACGGGACGGUACGACAAGUGGAAGGAGCGCACGAAGGUGGACGAGCGAUUGGCCCAGGCGCAACAGCACGACUCGGACAGCGACGGCGAACAGGGGGCUGGCCAAUCGAUGCUGCAGAAGCAGUAUCCACACACGCACUGGGGCCGCCACAAUGCCAAGGCGGAACUGCGCAAGCUGCGCGACACGGACCUGAAGACGCCGGAGCAGAUUGCGAAGAAGCGGCUCGAGAAGGAAACGAAAGUGGCCCGCGAGAAGGCCGCUCGUUUGCGGAACGUUCAGCGCAAAAAGCGGGCGAUGGCGCGCAGGAAGUCGAAAGGCAAAAAGUAG